CUGCGCCGCCAGCCCGAGCUCCGUUCCACCCCUGCUCCGCCCCCGGGGUGGGAAAGUGAGCCCGAGACUCCGCCCAGCCCCGGGUCCCUGGUCCCCGCUGUCCCCCGGCGCGGUGCUCGGCCCCGGUUGCAGGGUAGGGGCGUGGAUCCCCCGGCCUAGCCCCAGGGUCGGAGGAGGGCGCGGGGGGGUUCUCCCAAGCCUUUGUUGCCCGCGGCCGGGAGCCGAGGCGUGACUGACAGCGGCGGGGGAGACUGCGGGCGCCGAUUGGCUGGCGCGAGUGUGGGAAAGAACGCGGAGCAGGAUUCACACGCCCCGCGGCGGCGAGGCCUUAAAUAGCAGCGAGAGCCGGAGCUGCGCGCGGGCCUGGAGCAGGGACCCGCCGGAGGGGUUCGGUUCGCCGCCAGCCCGCCCGCCGGCGGUCCCCGGCGGCGCGCUCCACCGCGCGUGGCGCACCAUGCCCGCAGACACGCCGGGGAAGCCGAGCGCCUCGCCGCUGGCAGGAGCGCCGGCCAGCGCCAGCCCGACCCCGGACAAGCCGCGGAGCGCGGCCGAGCACCGCAAGUCCUCCAAGCCGGUCAUGGAGAAGCGGCGCCGAGCGCGCAUUAACGAGAGCCUCGCUCAGCUGAAAACCCUCAUCCUGGACGCUCUCAGUAAAGAGAGCUCCCGCCACUCGAAGCUGGAGAAGGCGGACAUCCUGGAGAUGACUGUGAAACACCUGCAGAGCCUGCGGCGCGUGCAGGUGACAGGUGCGGCGCGGGUGGCGGCGGCUCCGAGGCGGGGGGUGGGGGCGCGUGGGACCCCCGGGCCGGGCCCCGACCGCUCCUCGCGCGUCGCCCCGGUAGCCGCGCUCAGCUACGACCCCGCCGUCCUGGGCAAGUACCGCGCCGGCUUCCACGAGUGUUUGGCGGAGGUGAACCGCUUCCUAGCCGGCUGCGAGGGCGUCCCAGCCGACGUGCGCUCCCGCCUGCUCGGCCACCUGGCCUCCUGCCUGAGCCAGCUGGGGCCCUCCCGCCGCCCGGCCGCGCCGGCCCCGGCUGCCCCCACCGCAGAGGCCCCGGCGCCCGAGGUCUACGCGGGCCGCCCGCCGCUGCCGUCGCUCGGCGGCCCCUUCCCCCUGGUCGCGCCGCCGCUGCUACCGGGUCUGACCCGGGCGCUGCCCUCCGCCCCCAGGGCGGGGACGCAGGGCCUGGGCGGACCCUGGCGGCCGUGGCUGCGUUGAGGCUGCGGCCCUGGGACCGCCGCGGAGGCCGCGCCCUGUUCUAGGGCCUGGGCCUUUUCUGGACUGUACCGGAGAAUACGUAUUUAUUAUUCCAGA